CAAAACUGUUUGUAUUCCCGGCUCGAUUCCAGUGUUGUGAGAACAGUGUUCUGUUUUAUUCCACAUAAGAAAUGGGAAAGAAGAAACAACCAGAUUUUCAGAAAACUAAACUUAGAGUCGGUCGCACACUUCCAAAGGGAAGAAAUGUCACAGAUACUUCAUUUAAGUCAAAGAAAAUCACUGUGCCUUCACAAAAAAUAGAGAAAGCAGUGAAUCUCGAGGACCAACUGAAACUUGUGGGGCAUCACAAUCCCAAGACACAAAUUCUUACUCUUCAAUGGGUUUCUCAUUACAUACAAGCUAACUUCUCCAUUGAGCACUUGCCUCUCAUUUUAGAAAAGGCCGAAAGAGCGACAUUGGAUGUCGAUGCCGGCGUCAGGCAGGCUGCCAUAAAGCUUUUAGAUGCGACCUUGAGCCUUAGUUCCAGCUUGCAAGUUGAAGGACACAUUCGAUCCAUUAUUUGCAACCUUCGCUGCGGGAUGACCCAUGGCGACAUCAAAGUUCGGAAAGACGCUCUCCAUUUCCUGGAUGUGUUGCUGAGGAAUCAUCCGAAGCUUUUGAGCAGCUAUCAUUCAUUGCUGAGCGUCAUUCUGGACAUGAUAUCCUCCCGUUAUGCCAGCAAAAGUCACCGGAAAAAGAGGAGGACUUUGCCCGCUGUGUACGAUGGGGAUAUUAAAUCUCAAGUGUGGCGCAUGGACGUCUUGAAACGGUUCGAAAGCUUGCUGAACAUCAUUGUUGCAAGCUUUAGUAGUAAAAAUGAAGAUAAGGAAGAUGGGAGAACUUUGUAUUGGUCUGCACUCAAGCCCUUGUCUCUAGAAUUAAUUCCUGGGAGAGAUUUGGAACCCAUAGAAUAUGAUCUGUCAAAGGACCUGAACUUUUUGUCAAGUAAUGUAGAUAGUCAGGUGUGGACUUCAGAUAUGUUAAAAAUCUUAAUCGAUGAAAUAACACCAGUUCUGAUGGAUGUGUUUGCUGAAGAAGUUUCUGAAUUUAUAUCACAGAUACCAGAUCCAUGGGUGAAAUCUGGAGGUGUCGUGUCAGUAAGCAGUUCUUUGGAAAAUUGCUUUUUGCCUCCUGAGGUUGCUGGAAAUGUUAAUGUUAUCACUCAGAUAUUUUGCUCUCUCGGAAAGUGGGUUCAAAUACUGUCUAAAACAGACCGUAAAUUGGAAACAUGGUUUGUUGACAAAUUCUGUAAUAUUUGUGAAAGUCUUAUGAAGGGAUUUCCUUACUGGACAAAGAUCAAAAUGCAGCAAAAUUCUCCUGCUAGAAAUGCUGAAGCAUUUAUGCCUAACAAUUCAUGA